AUGCCAUUUAUCUGGCUACUGAAGUCCAAAGAGCUAUCAUCGAACUUUAGCUAUCCAGAGGCAAACGCUGCACGUCGACUUCUUGCUGGCUGGGCUCUUCGCCCAGGGUCUCAUGUUCAAGCAGAAGCAAAACUGAUUACUAGAAGGUUAAUAACGUCUUCAGUUCUGAGGGAUAUCUUCUUCAAAGCAUCACCUCAUAUUUCUAGACGAAGUCGGCUCCUCCCCUACAGCAACGCGAGUCUUGCCAGAGCAACAAUUCGUACAACUCCACGGUCCGGCUUCAUGCACUUCCAGACUCAAAAAGACCUGCCGGAUCCUGAAUUGCCACAUCGUGAUGUGGAAAAGUGUGAUUUUAUCGAAGACUAUAGAUCGGGCACCGUGUUUGACGUAAUAGGCUCGGUUGGUGGUUUGUUCGCGCUACUGCACGCUGUACACGUAUUACUUUUCGGUAGACCGUUGCUUUGGGGUCUGACAGGGGCCAAGCUUAUCACGCCAUUUGGAUUAAUCGGAAGAUACAGUUCAGCGAGCUUCAAGAGUCGCCUAAGAAGGGAGUACCAUGAAUCACCUAACGAGGACGGCGCUGGAACAAUACAGAUAGUCAAGUUCCUGCGGGAUUUCGUGAUUGAUUUUGGACCUGCGGAGUUGGACCGGGAUGAACACUCCUCAGACGAGCACAUGAAUUCUAACUCGAUCACCGACAACGAAGGUACAACUUCUGCGCAAAUUCCAUUGAUGAAUGUGGAAUCCGACACGACCAAGACUCAACAGAAGGAGAACGAAGUGAAUGGGAAAGUAGAUACCAGGUACAAUCGCGCGGAUAGCAUUGUGUAG